GUGAUAUUUUGUGCUAUACUCUAGUUAUAACUUGUAUACAUCAAUUAAAGAAUAAAUUAUUUGGUUCAAGUGUUCAGCGUAACCGCGAGCUUUGAGAUUCAGUUCUUCGAACCUCGUUCAACCAGCAAGAAUGGCAGACUCAACUACAGUCUCGACUACCGUUCCCCAGAAGGGAAUCCCCGAAAAGGUUGAGUCAACCGUCCAGUUGACCCCACCCUCACCGCCAGCCACAUCGGACCCACUGUACUACAGCGCGGGAAGCAGUGAAUCCCAGUACCAGCUAAGGUUCAGCUACAGUGACUACGAUCUGUACCGGAGUGUGGUGGAAAUUACGUUGAAUGUGUCGUUUUUGGCCGCGACCAGCAACCAGCUGCGGCUGCUGAUCAGCUUCCGGGAGACGGAGCACUUUGUCGUCAGUACGGUGCUGGUGACGGCGGCGCUGAUUCUGCAGCUGCUGAUCGCGAUCAACGUGGUGACGAUUGCGAUGAAUGACCAAUUUCGGUGGAUGAAAUUAAAGGCGUUUACAUCGAUCGGAGCUAUUCUCCUAACGGUAGUCAGCAUACUCAUCCCCUUCGUCAUGAAUGCAGAACACUCAACCGUGGACUUUCUAGAAAUAAAAUCGCACUAAAAGUUGUA